CUUAACCAAACCACGUGACACAUCAUGUGACCACAGUCCAUCCGAGCCUGCACUCGCAUAUACCAGCAACAUCAAGACGUUAGAAGAAAAACGGAAGGAUACUUUUGGAACGGCCACUUCUGCGCAUGACUCUUUACAGUUGUGUUUAUGCAGUCGCGACCUUCACCUUGAUAACAGGACUGUUGAUGUUUAAUACAUCUACGGCAUUGGUGUUUAUCGCCGUGUCACUGUUACUAUGGCUGUCGACACGGCGUCCUCCUGGUCUUCCCCCUGGUCCCCCUCUUCUACCACUGGUGGGCAACAUCUUCUCCAUGGACGCCGACAUCACGGUAACAUUCAGCAAACUGCGACGCCAAUAUGGAGAUAUCUUCAGUGUGUACAUCUUCAACCAGCCAGUCAUCGUCCUCAACGGUUACAGUAUCAUCAAAGAGGCCCUUGUCAAGAACGCCGAUGUUUUCUCGCACCGACCGCCCUCAUUUUUAACCGAUCACUUUUCGAAAGGAAAAGGUCUUGUGUUUUCAACGGGUUCCAUCUGGCGGGAACAUCGGAAGUUCAGCAUGUCUACUCUAAAAGAAUUCGGAAUGGGCAAAACAAUUCUGGAGGAUACAAUACAGGAAGAGUUGUCGUUCUUUCUCCAGGCCAUCCACGAAUGCGUCGACACAGACUUUGAUUGUUCCCGAACACUCAACAAGGCAGUGGCAAACGUUAUAAGUUCACUGGUUUCUGGAAAACGGUUCGAAUAUACCGAUCCUUUGUUUGUCAAGUUCCUGAAAUGUCUGGACGAGAACGUCAGGAACCUUCACACAGCCAACGUUCUCAACUUUUUGCCCGUUGUUCGCCAUUUACCUGGGGACUUAUUCAAAUUUAAGCAAACUCUUCGAAAUGUAUCUAUAAUUGAUAAAGAAAUAAUUCGACCGUUUAUCUACAUCAACACGGACAACGAUGACAGCAGCGUCACCAACUUCACCUCUGCUUAUAUCAAGGCCAUGAAACAUCGCCACCAGCAAGGACAAAAGACGACUAUGUGUGACGAGAAUCUGGAAAAGUGUCUCAGUGACUUGUUCAUCGCUGGCUCUGAAACCACAACUACUGUCCUCCGAUGGGGUCUGGCGUAUUUCCUUAAUUAUCCGGAGGUGCAAGAGAAGUGUUUCAAGGAGAUCCAAGAACACAUAGGGCAGAGCAGACGACCCUCCAUUAAGGACAAAAUCAACCUGCCGUAUGUCGAGGCCACGGUUGCCGAGAUACUGCGGUGUGCUGACAUCGUGCCGACCAAUCUACCUCACUCUGUUUCCCGUGAUGUAGAGUUCCGGGGAUACACUUUCCCAGAAGGAAUCACCGUAUUACCAAUGUUGAGCUCUGCCCUGAAGGAACCGGAUGUCUGGGGUGAUCCUGAGAACUUCCGGCCAGACAGAUUUCUGGACACAGCGGGGAGGUUUCAGAAGAUGAAUGAACACAUCCCAUUCUCCCUAGGGCACCGAGCAUGCCUUGGUGAGGCCUUGGCACGAAUGGAACUCUUCCUGUUUACUGCUAGCAUGAUCCAACAGUUCGAAUUCCGACCUGCAGGCGGGAUGUGCCCGCCCUUGAAAAGAUUCCCCGGAAUCGUCACUCACCCGCAGCAGUUCAAAAUGAAGGCAACACCAAGAACAAAAUAAGUUGUCUUGCAAUCUCCAUAAAACCACACAGCGUAUAAUAUAACAUACCAAUGUGUAUCAUAUUAUGUUACUCAGAAUAAACUUUAUAUUUCACGUUUUUCCUUCAAGACAA